UCCAACUGUCACGGAUGCGUUCUUCAGCAGUAUCGCUAAUCAGGCUGGCGGAGGCUGCCCGGGCAGAGGAUUCUAUACCCGGGAAGCAUUUCUCGAGGCUUCCCGCUCGGUAUCCACUUUUCGGGACCACUGGCUCCCCCGAGCGGGAAAUCGCAGCCUUCUUUGCUCACGUCACACCUGAGACCGGACAUAUUUGCUAUAUAGAGGAAAUAAAUGGAGCAUCAAAAGCAGCAGACUAUUGUGACAAGCAAAACAGGCAGUAUCCAUGCAAAGCAGGGAGGGGUUACUACGGAAGAUGCCCGGUGCAGCUGUCGUGGAACUACAACUACGGAGCAGUUGGAAAUAGAAUAUGAGAGUCUCAAGAUUAUGGGAAAGAGUAACUUUAGGGUCUCAAGGGAAUAUAUCAUUAUUAUGGUAGAGUCCCAAGUUUAUAAGUCCCUAUGUACAUUUAGUUCUCUAGUUCU